UGUAGUUUUCGGUGCCCCUGAGGUGGGCAGGAGCCGAAGCCUGGGUGCCGCCUGCCCUCCUGCCUUCAUUUCCCAUCGUGCUGAGGCGGGUGGUAUGGCGGAGAAGGAUGACACCGGAGUUUGACGAAGAGGUGGUUUUUGAGAAUUCUCCACUUUACCAGUACCUACAGGAUUUGGGACACACAGAUUUUGAAAUAUGUUCUUCUUUGUCACCAAAAACAGAAACAUGCUUGACAACAGAGGGACCUCAGACGCCUCCCACCAGAGUCCUACAGAAACAAGGCAUCCUGUUGAAACUGACAGAAACCAUCAAGAGUUGGACUCUUUCCUCUCAGUACAGUAAGAAAGAUGACUUACUCCACAAGCUGGACACCGGGUUUCGCCUGGACGCACUGCACGCCAUCCUGCAACAGGAAGUCCUGCUCCAAGAGGAUGUGGAGCUGAUUGAACUGCUUGAUCCCAGCAUCCUGUCUGCAGGGCACCCGCAACAAGAAAAUGGACACCUUCCAACACUCUGCUCCCUGGCAACCCCUAACAUUUGGGAUGUCUCCAUGCUGUUUGCCUUCAUUAGUCUGCUCAUCAUGCUUCCCAGGUGGUGGAUUGUGUCUUCCUGGCUGGUAUGGGGAAUAAUUCUAUUUCUUUACUUGAUCAUACGAGUCUUGAAAUUCUGGAGGACAGCCAAACUGCAAAUGACUCUGAAAAAAUACAGGGUCCGUUUGGAAGACAUGGCAGCCAAUAGCCGAGCCUUCACCAACCUUGUGAGAAAGUCGCUCCGUCUCAUCCAAGAAACCGAAGUCAUUUCCAGGGGAUUUACUCUGGUCAGUGCUGCUUGCUCAUUUAAUAAGGCUGCACAGCAUCCCAGCCAGCAUCUCAUCGGCCUUCGGAAAGCCGUCUACAGGACCGUACGAGCCAACUUCCAAGCCGCAAGGCUAGCUACCCUGUACAUGCUGAAAAACUACCCCCUGAACUCUGAGAGUGACAAUGUCACCAACUACAUCUGUGUGGUACCUUUUAAGGAGCUGGGGCUCGGACUCAGUGAAGACCAGAUAUCAGAAGAGGAAGCCCGGAACCUGACGGAUGGCUUCAGCCUGCCAGCCUUGAAGGUUUUGUUCCAACUCUGGGUGGCACAGAGUUCAGAGUUCUUCAGACGCCUAGCUCUGCUACUUUCCACAGCAAAUUCGCCUUCUGGGCCCUUACUGACUGCUGCACUCUUGCCUCACCGUAUUCUCUCUGAUGUGACUCAAGGUCUACCUCAUGCUCAUGCCGCCUGCUUGGACGAGCUAAAGCGCAGCUAUGAGUUCUUUCGGUACUUUGAAACUCAGCACCAGUCAGUCCCUCAGCGCUUACCCAAAACCCAGCCGAAGUCGAGAGAGCUAAACAACGUCCACACGGCAGUGCGCAGCUUACAGCUCCAUCUGAAGGCACUGCUGAAUGAAGUAAUAAUUCUUGAAGAUGAACUUGAGAAGCUCGUUUGUACUAAAGAAACCCAAGAGCUGCUGUCAGAGGCUUAUCCGGUCCUGGAGCAGAGGUUGAAGCUGAUCGAGCCACACGUUCAGGCCAGCAACAGCUGCUGGGAAGAAGCCAUCUCCCAAGUGGACAGACUGCUCCGGAGGAAUACAGACCAAAAAGGCAAGCCUGGAGUAGCGUGUGAGAACCCACACUGCACCGCGGCGCCCUUGUUGCGGCCGACGCUACACAUUGAGGACAGAGACCCCAUCCCUGAGGAGCAGGAAUUAGAAGCUUAUGUGGAUGGCAUAGACAUAGAAAGUGAGUUCCGAAAGGACAGUUUGUAUCACUUGUCGCAGGAAGACAGAGAGAGACAGAAGCGUGAGCAGGAGGAGUCCAAGAGGGUGCUGCAGGAGCUCAAGUCUGUGCUGGGAUUUAAAGCUUCAGAGGCCGAAAGGCAGAAAUGGAAGCAGCUUCUGUUCAGUGACCACGCUGUGUUGAAAUCCUUGUCUCCUGUAGAGCCAGUGGAAUCUGUAAGUAACUCAGAGACACCCAUGAAUUCAGAUACAGAAAAGGCCCAUAGCGAGGCUACAGAAGAGGAGACUAGUAAGCCCUGUGCGAGCGACAAGGAAGACAGUAGGACUGAGUAUGUGUGUGAUGGCCCUCCAAAGGGGCAGAGCAAAGACACCUCUGGAGACCAAGGCCACCUCCUGCAAGGAGCCCACCAGUAUGAGAGCGAGGCCAAGCCUCCUCAGGCUGCUGCUGCAGGGGCCACCGCCCCUCCGACUCCCAGGGACUCACCCCGGCUCUCCAUUAAGCAGAGGCUGGCUCGACUCCAGUUGUCACCAGAAUACACCUUCACUGCUGGCCUGGCUGCGGAAGUGGCCGCCAGGUCUCUGUCCUUUACCACCAUGCAGGAACAGACUUUUGGCGACGAGGAGGACGAGAACGAAGAGCAGCUAGUUGAAGGAGGUGAAAGGGAGCUGGAGGAAAAAUAAAAGCCAAGAUGAAGUGAUUGUCUUGAUUGUUCCUUUUACAAAAGUGUUCGAGCUGCAAGACUGGGGAGGGAAACGAGUGUGUGUUUACUCUCUAGAAAGCUGCGGCGUGAAGUUCCAGGGUGAAUACUGAUUUGAAAACCUGACCUGAAAUGAAUAGAUUCCUGUCUAGGCACAUCUUUUAGGCAUAGGAGAGAGAGGUAAGGGCAGUUCUAUUUGUGGCAAAACUGAUAAUCUUGGCAAAUCUUUAAGUACUUUUUAUAAGAAAUGAGUUUAUCAUUUUUUGCCAAAACUUUGCUGCCAUGAGGUAAUGAGGAUGAGUCUUGCAGAGCCUAAACCUUUAGAAUGAGCCCUUUCUACUGUGUCCUUGCGGUGUGUAACUGCAGCGGUCAUGUUAAUACAUUGUUCGUAUUUUAUUUUGUUUAUACCGCUCUUAAAACAAAGAUACAGGUUCUAAAUAAAAUAUUUAAUUACUACAA